AUGCUGAUGUUCUUCCCGAGCAUCGUCUUUGGCCUUUUCUGUCCUGUACGAGGUACAGCCCGUGGGGGGUCUCCAUUUCGGGGUGGAAUCAAGCAGUCGUCGUGUCAAGACUUCUCCUGCGAACGAGGAAAACCCACGGAACAGCUCCUGGCGUCGGAGCGCUGUCGCCGCUCUGAGAACCCGAGGGCGCGCUCUGAGGGGAGCGGCGCGACCCCGCUGGGCCUCUUGCCGGUUCCGGGCGCGCGGGAGGAGGCCGGGCUCGCGCUCUUCUGCGAGGCGGGGAGCGAAGCCCCGGCGAGCCUCAGGCUGCGGGCUGAACACGACCCGGGGCCUCGGGCCGGUGGCUCACUGGCUCACAAGCUCUGA